AUGUCGCACGGUUUUGCAGUCUCCCUGAACCUUACGUGCAACAAGUGCCAACGCCGACACCUAACGGUCAUUUGCGAGCUGUCACGAGCCGUCACCACGACCGCUGCUCCUACAUCAACAGUACCGGGCGGCUCGUCCGGCUCUACCUCACCGACAGUAACUACGGCGUCAACCGGCGCUACAGAAGCCAAGUCCGUGCUGCUUCAGACGGGCCGUGUUUGGGCGGAGAGCGGACCGCGACAGCUCCUGGUGCGUGUGAUGCUUGACAGCGGCAGCCAGCGUUCUUUCAUCCGCACCGAUGUUUCCAAGAGAUUGCAGUGUAAAGUCAUUGGCACGGAAGAGCUGUCAUUGGUAACGUUUGGAAAUGCCAAGCCACGGAAACAUUUACGUUGUCGACGCAUCUCUGUCACGUUGCGUGGACGCUUUAGCGGCAGCACCGUCGCAUUGGAAGCACUGAAAGUCCCCGAAGUGUGCACCGUGACAAGUCCACCGCUGAACAUUGAAGUGCUCGAGUUGUUGAGCGCCCGGAGGUAUGAUGCUGCGGACAUGUUUGACCCGGAAACUUGGCACCCAGAGGACGUCAGCAUAUUAAUUGGCUCGGACGCUUAUUGGAAUGUCGCCACGGGAAAGAUUGAUCGCCUCAACGAGCAACUCACUGCCGUGGAAACGUCGUUCGGGUGGACUGUGCAGGGCAGUAGCUCGCACUACGAAGCUACAGCAACUAGUGCCCUUUUCUUAUCGGCUGGUAAUUCUCAUCAAGAGUGCGAGGAAUCGGCUAUGUGGCGCCUCGACACUAUUGGUAUUCAGAACCGGUGGUGA